UCGAGAAAUGCAUUGUGGGAUUUCAAAAUGGAGCCCUUGCAGCCAGAGUGCACUGUGAUGUCCUGCGUUAUGUAGCCCUCCACUGGCGUUAUUUAGCGGAGUAGCCACCUCAUUUUCACAGUUAACACACUCCCGUGACAGUCUACACUAUGGGGGUUUUGUGUGUCGCCAGGAGAGCGCUCACGUCCAGCGGCGGUCUCGGCGUUUACGCCAGAAAAUACACAGGUCGGUAUUUGUGCGUAACGUUUCACUCCGGUGUUUCAGCUCCGGCGGGGACCCUUGUCAAGAAGUACAGCCAGGACACUAGAAAUGUCCCGGGACUGUAUGUGUGCUAUCGCCUCCACCACCGGACCCUGCUCAAAAUCCAGGGCCAAGACACAAGCCCGUUUCUUCAGGGGAUUAUAACCAAUGACAUGGGGCUGCUGGAGGAGCCUGGACUCAGAGCCAUGUACUCACACAUGCUAAACGUACAAGGAAGAACACUAUAUGACAUCAUGUUGUACAGUCUGAAAGAAGCUGAUACAGGACACAGCAUUUUCCUGGAGUGCGACAGCACGAUCAAGGACUCAAUCUUGAGACACUUGAAGGUGUACAAGAUUCGCAGAAAGGUCACCAUUAACCCCUGUCCAGAGCUCUCUGUGUGGGCGGUGCUCCCCAAUCAAAAAAACCCAGGUCAAGAGGCCAGCAAACCCGAGCUUUCCUCCCCUGAAAAAACUCUAGUAUGGGAGGCUGAUCCUCGAACUCAGGAAAUGGGCUGGAGGUUGGUGUUACACAGUCAAAUUGACCCCUGGGAUAUCAUUCCAUCAUGUCAGAAGGGUGACACAGAGGAGUAUCACAGACAUCGCUAUGCAAUAGGACUUCCAGAGGGAGUGAAGGACCUUCCUCCUGGGGUGGCACUACCGCUAGAGUCAAAUCUCGUCUACAUGCAGGGCAUCAGCUUUAGCAAAGGCUGCUACAUUGGCCAGGAGCUCACAGCCAGAACUCAUCACACUGGGGUCGUUCGGAAACGAUUGAUGCCAGUACGUUUGUCAUCUCCAGUCCAAGACCUCGAGGAAGGAGCUGCAUUGCAAACGCAGUCGGGCAAGCCAGCUGGGAAGCACCGAGCAGGGGUGGGAGAGCUGGGUCUCAGCCUAAUCCGCAUGGCUCAUGCCAAAGAGUUGUUGACGCUCAGAUCUUCUGACGACACCACGGUGACAUUUGAGGCCUCCGUGCCAGAUUGGUGGCCUAAAGAUGUGAAAAUAAACUGAGAAUGGUUUAUAGCCCCUUAAAAUGUGACAUACAUUGCAUCUGACAGACUUCUCACAGACAGAACCCUGAAGUACAGUAUGUUACACUGUCAUUGCUUAACAGCUGUGUGGCACUAAUUCACAUUUGUGACUAUUUUUGUUUUGUUUGCAAUAAAACCUACUUUUAGAGUGAUUUAUUUUCCCAAAUCGUAAAGUAUUAUUUCCCACAGAAUUAUGCUAUUUAAUAGAUCGAUUGAAGCACUAUACAACAGGAGGUACCAACUAUGAUAUGUUAACAGUGGUUGUUG